AUGGGCCGCGGAUGCGCUGCGGCAAAGCCGCUGCAAGUCCUUUGCCUGGACAUCCGACCCAGCGAUGCAGCGGACGUUGACCUCCUGGCAGACCUCCGCAAUCCUGCCGCCAUCCAGAAGAUACUUUUUGACAAGUAUGCAGUGCAGGAAAUGGUGAUUGCUGUCAAGCCACCACUGCUGGGACCGUCCUACCAGACCUUCAUGGAAAUCAACCUCGCUGGUCUCGCGGAUCUCGUGAACAUGGCCGAGCGGCACAACGUCCGAAGCCUGCUCUAUGUCUCAUCUUUUGCAGCCUGCAACCACUGGGUGCCACAUCACAACGUGGCAGAAUCAGAUCCGGCAGCGAGCCCGCCCCUGACGUCCUUGCGCUCGCCCUACGACCUCUCCAAAGCCAUGACAGAGCAGUUUAUUCUGCAGAAGCACUCAGAGAGUGGAAUGCGAACGGUUAGCAUCCGAAUCGGCGGC